AUGCUUCUGUGUUUGGGGAUUUGUCUGGGACUCCUCACACCCGUCCAUUCAGCACCUGUCGACAAUUCCUCCCACAUUCCCGUCACACCGGUGGACUUCAUCAACGAGGCCGUGAAGGACGGGUUCCUGCUUCCUAACGCUCUGUUUCCUUCACUAACGACCAAAGAACCAACCAGAAAUACCACCGAUAACCAGCCGUCCACCGAUAAGCAGAAUUCCACCCACAUUCCCGUCACACCGGUGGACUUCAUCAACGAGGCCGUGAAGGACGGGUUCCUGCUCCCUAACGCUCUGUUUCCCUCCCUUACGACCAAAGAACCAACCAGAAAUACCACCGAUAAGCAGCCGUCCACCGAUAAGCAGAUUCCUGUAACACCGGUGGACUAUAUCCAGGAGGCCAUUCUCCUCCCUGAUGCUUUAUUCCCUCCACCUCAGUCACAUGAAGAAUCCUCCAUUACUCCGACCCCGGAGAGCUUCCUCACCUCCACGACGGAUGGAAGUGGAGACUUCUGGUCUGAUCUGACCACUGAUUUGGAAAGUGGAGUUUCUACGACAUUAAGCGUUUCACCUACUGAGAGCUCCACAUCCACUGAAGUUUCCUCCCCCAGUCAGACCCCAGACCUGCUCACCUCCACCCUCCUGAUGGAUGGAAGUGGGGACUCCUGGUUUGAAAUGAAAGAUUCCACAUCUUCCUCCAUCUCUCCCGCUCAAAGCCCGACGUCUACAGAUGAGUCCAUUAUAAAUGAAGAUCUGUUUCCACUCACAACUGAGCCCCCCAAAGCCUCCUCCACGUUCACGGUGGAAGGAAGUGGCGAUUACAUGUUCGAUUUCACCAGUGAGGCUGGAAGUGGACAUGAGGGAAGUGCCGGUUCCUCAUUGGCUGUCAGUAAAGAAGCAGGAAACGUUUUGGGGGCAGCUCCACCACGCGCUCGCCCUUGGGUGAAUGUACUACACAACGAUGUGGAAAACUCAGAAAACAUCUCACCAGAACAGCACAGAGGACACAGCACCCCUGACUGGAUCAUCAUCGUUGGGUUUAUUGUUGGGCUCGCAGCCCUCAUCAUGCUCUUUCCUGUAACACCGGUGGACUAUAUCCAGGAGGCCAAUCAGAGAGGGAUUCUCCCUCCUGAUGCUUUAUUCCCUUCACCUCAGUCACAUGAAGAAUCCUCCAUUACUCCGACCCCGGAGAGCUUCCUCACCUCCAUGGAAGAUGGAAGUGGAGACUUCUGGUCUGAUCUGACCACUAAUUUGGAAAGUGGAGUCUCUACGACAUUAAGCAUCUCACCUACUCAGAGCUCCACAUUCACAGAGGAAUCACCCGAAGUACCUGAAGUUUCCUCCCCCAGUCAGACCCCAGACCUGCUCACCUCCACCCUCCUGAUGGAUGGAAGUGGGGACUCCUGGUUUGAAAUGGAAGAUUCCACAUCUUCCUCCAUUUCUCCUCCUCAAAGCCCCACGUCUACAGAUGAGUCCAUUAUAAAUGAAGAUCCGUCUCCAUUCACAACUGAGCCCCCCAAAGCCUCCACCCCGUUCAUGGUGGAUGGAAGUGGCGAUUACAUGUUCGAUUUCACCAGUGAGGCUGGAAGUGGACAUGAGGGAAGUGCCGGUUCCUCAUUGGCUGUCAGUGAAGAAGCAGGAAACGUUUUGGGGGCAGCUCCACCACGCGCUCGCCCUUGGGUGAAUGUACUACACAACGAUGUGGAAAACUCAGAAAACAUCUCACCAGAACAGCACAGAGGACACAGCACCCCUGACUGGAUCAUCAUCGUUGGGUUUAUCGUUGGGCUCGCAGCACUCAUCAUGCUCUGUGCCGCUAUCGCUACUAGAGACAAAGCAGACCAACAUCUGGAUCCUGAGGGAUGCAGCUGGAACCCGCCGGUUUGGCUCAUCUACCAGUAUGUCAUAAUGAGAGCCAUUAAAACCGUGGAAAUGUUGGCUUUGAGUGGCAGCGGCUGCCAGGAUGAAACACACGAGGUCACAGAGGAACAGGAUAAGGAGCAUCCCCGGUUUCUGAUCCCUGAGCUGUGUCGCCUCUUCUACCAGUUGGGAUGGGUCACGGGAACCGGGGGCGGGAUCAGCCUCAGACGGGGGUUGGAUAAGGAGCAUCCCCGGUUUCUGAUCCCUGAGCUGUGUCGGCUCUUCUACCAGUUGGGAUGGGUCACGGGAACGGGGGGCGGGAUCAGCCUCAGACGGGGAGAGCACAUCUACAUCGCCCCCUCAGGAGUCCAGAAGGAGAGGAUACAGCCAGACGACAUGUUUGUGUGUGAUAUGGAGGAGAGAGAUGUUAGCUGUCCUCCCGCCUGGAAGAAGUUAAAGAAGAGUCAGUGCACGCCUCUGUUUAUGAACGCCUUCACCCUCAGAGAGGCGCGGGCGGUGAUCCACACCCACUCCAAGGCUGCUGUCAUGGCAACGCUGCUGUUUCCCGGAGCAGAGUUCAGGAUCACGCACCAGGAGAUGAUCAAGGGGAUCCGCCGGGGAACCUCCGGCUCAAACUAUCGGUACGCAGGCUAA